AUGGCACGACCUAGCAACGGUCGUGAAGGAAAGCCCAUUAGGUUGCUGUCCAACCACUUUGCUGUGAAGCUUAGAGGAGUUGAUGCUGUUUUCUACCAAUACAGUGUAAUGAACAACUUUGAAAUUCUGCAUCUGGUCCUUACCUCAUCUAUUUACUCUGAAAUUACUUUUGGUUACAUUGUCUGCAUCAAAUCUGAGGAUGAUAAGGUGGUUGAUGGCAAGGGUAUUGGCCGAAAGGUCAUAGAUAAACUAUUGCAAACAUACUGUUCUGAACUUGAUGGGAAGGAUUUUGCAUAUGAUGGAGAGAAAUGUCUAUUUACUGUGGGACCUCUUCCACAGAAUAACUUUGAGUUCACUGUUAUCUUGGAGGAAACAUCUUCAAGGGCUGUUGGUGGAAGUCCGGUGCAUGGAAGCCCUACUCAAGCUGACAAAAAGCGGGUCAAGCGAUCACAUCUGGCAAAAAAGUUCAGUGUAGGCAUAAGUUAUGCCGCAAAGAUUCCUCUAAAGUCGGUUGCUUUGGCUCUUCGAGGAAGCGAGUCAGAACAUGCUCAAGAUGCUCUGAGAGUCCUUGACAUUGUUUUAAGGCAACAGCAGGCUAAGCGAGGUUGUCUACUUGUUAGGCAGUCAUUUUUCAGUGAUGAUAGUCGAAACCUUGUUGAUUUAACUGGUGGAGUUAGUGGCUGUCGUGGACUCCACUCUAGUUUCCGUACUACAAUUGGUGGUCUUUCACUAAACAUGGAUGUUUCAACCACUAUGGUUGUAACUCCUGGACCAGUUAUUGAUUUUCUCCUCACAAAUCAAAAUGUCAGAGACAUCAGAGAUAUUGACUGGCCCAGGGCCAAGAAAAUGCUUAAAAACCUCAGAGUUAAAGCUAAGCACAACAACAUGGAGUUCAAGAUUAUUGGCCUUAGUGACCAACCAUGCUCUAGACAGAUGUUUCCAAUGAAAGUUCGAAAUGGAAGCAUUGAAAUUCAAACUGUGGAUAUCACUGUUCAGGAUUAUUUUAAGUCCAAGCAAGUUGAACUAACAAUGCCUUAUCUGCCAUGUCUUGAUGUGGGAAAACCAAAACGCCCUAAUUAUCUCCCAAUUGAGCUAUGCCACAUGGUAUCACUUCAACGUUAUACAAAGGCACUGUCUUCUCAACAAAGGGCAAUGUUGGUUGAAAAGUCACGACAGAAACCUCAAGAAAGAAUGCGAGUUGUUACAGAUGCUGUAAAAAGUAAUAUGUAUGAUGAUGAUCCAAUUUUAUCUUCCUGUGGUAUUGAAAUUGAGAAACAACUUACUCGUGUCAACGCUCGUGUUCUCCCUGCACCAACGCUAGUUGUGGGGAACAGCGAAGACUGCAUCCCGAACAGGGGCAGGUGGAACUAUAAUAAUAAGAGGCUAUUGGAUCCUGUCAAGAUUGAGCGCUGGGCCAUUGUUAAUUUCUCUGCUCGUUGUGACAUGAGCCGAAUCUCACGAGAGUUGAUAAACUGUGGACGCAGCAAAGGCAUUUUCAUUGAACGUCCUCACACCUUGGUGGAUGAGGACAGCCAGUCUAGGAGAUGUUCACCUGUGGAAAGGGUUGAAAAGAUGUUUGAAAAAGUCAAAACAAGCCUUCCCGGUCCUCCAGAGUUUCUCCUUUGUGUUUUACCAGAGAGGAAGAAUUGUGAUAUUUACGGGCCAUGGAAGAAGAAAAAUCUUCAUGAAAUGGGUAUUGUCACUCAAUGCAUUGCUCCCAGUAAUAAGAUGAAUGAUCAAUAUUUCACCAAUGUUCUUCUGAAAAUUAAUGCUAAGCUUGGUGGAAUGAAUUCUAAACUGGCAUUGGAACAUCGUCAAAUGAUAUCAGUUGUGACUCAAAUACCAACAUUAAUUCUUGGCAUGGAUGUUUCACAUGGUUCUCCAGGUCGAGCAGAUAUACCAUCAAUUGCUGCGGUUGUGGGAUCUAGAUGCUGGCCAUUGAUAUCACGGUACAGAGCAUCAGUGCGGACCCAGUCUCCAAAGGUAGAGAUGAUCGAUUCUCUAUUUAAGCCAUUGGAUGAUGGGAAGGAUGAUGGCAUAAUGAGGGAACUUCUACUAGACUUCUACCAAACCAGUCAACAAAGAAAGCCUCAGCAGAUAAUCAUCUUCAGGGAUGGUGUUAGCGAGUCUCAGUUUAGCCAAGUACUGAACGUUGAGCUUAAUCAAAUCAUAAAGGCAUAUCAGAGUAUGGGACAGGGGGACCUUCCAAAGUUCACAGUGAUCAUUGCUCAAAAGAAUCACCACACAAAACUCUUCCAAGCUGAUUCACCAGAGAACGUUCCACCUGGGACUGUUGUAGACUCCGGCAUUGUUCAUCCAAGACAGUAUGAUUUCUACAUGUGUGCUCAUGCUGGACCAAUUGGUACUUCAAGGCCAACCCAUUACCAUGUGUUGCUUGAUGAGAUUGGCUUCUCCGCAGAUAAUCUCCAGAAGCUAGUUCUUUCACUUUCAUAUGUAUACCAGAGGAGCACCACUGCGAUUUCUGUGGGUUUUUCGAUUGGAAUCCGGAAGAUUAGGGAUAUUGAGAGAGUAGAGCCAGAUUUUUGA